AUCGGUCGCGGCUCCGGAUACCUCACCCUCAUCAUGAAGGCCCUGGUUGUCCUGAGCGCGUUGUUGGCGGUGGCCGUGGCUAAGCCCGGUUUCCUGCCCGGAGGCAUCCUCGGCGCCUACGCCCCCGCCGCCUACGCCCCCGCCUACGCCGCAGUGCCCCCAGGCGGCCCCGCCAACAUCGUGAUCGGCCCCGGCGGAGUGCCAGUGGACACUCCUGCCGUGGCCGCCGCCAGGGGUGCCCACCUGGCCGCCGUCGCGCAGACGCAGGCCCGCGACGCCGCCGCCAACGCCGCCGACGCCGCCGCAGCCGCCGCCGGAGCCGCCUUCGGCUACGCCCCCGCUGUCGGCUACGCCGCUGCCGCCCCCGCCGUCGUGGCGCCCUCUCUGGGCUACGCGCGCUACGGCCCCGCCAACAUCGUCAUCGGGCCUGGAGGCGUACCGCUGGACACCCCAGAGGUAGCCGCUGCGAAGGCAGCCAACGCUGCUGCCCACCUGGAAGCCAAGGCCCGUGCCGGCAUUUUCCACGGCUAGAUCGACUGCAAAGAAACCUGAGUAGAUAUCUCUACUCUUCGGAUUCUCAGCGAACGUCUGGGACGCCAUCGCACAUGAUGAACCCACUAACAUGUACAAAGUAAUUUAUAAAUAAAGGAAGUGAUGCUUUGUA